GUUUGAGAUAUUUUGUCAUCGCCAUUAUGAGAAAUUAAUUAAUUGUUUUUUUUUGUUCUUAAUACUAUAAGGUAGUUUUUUUUGGGUACAUAUAAGAAAUGACAAGCAAUGGAAAAUUCACGCAUACAAAGUUGAGGGAUGAGGAUUCGAACCUGGUCAUGGCGUUCGACCUAACGAUUUUGACAUUUUUGCCGGUUGAGAUGGAAUCUGUGGACUAUUAUUAAGGGACAGAAAAGAUGACAAGAAGAUGGUCUUUUUACAUGGAUUUUCUGCCAGUUGUAGUGAUUAUAGGAAAUGAAUGUAUUGACAUGGGUUUACUCACUUUGUUUAAAGCAGCAACACUUCAAGGAAUGAACAAUCAUGUCUUUAUAGCUUAUGCUUAUGCUGUUGGUACUUCUGUUCUUCUCCCUGUCACUCUUUUCACCAGAAGAUUAAGAGUUCUUCCUCCACUCAGUUUCUCAAUUAUAUGUAAAAGUAUGCUUCUUGGGGCAAUAGGAUGCACAUCUCAGAUUCUGGGGUAUAUAAGUAUAAAUUACAGUUCUCCAACACUUGCUUCAGCAAUUGCUAAUCUUGUACCUGCUUUCACCUUCAUGUUAGCUGUCACUUUCAGGAUGGAAAAGUUAGCUGUCAAGAGUAGAAGUAGUAAUGCUAAGGUAAUAGGAAGCAUAGUAUCAAUAGCAGGUGCUUUUGUGUUGACUUUCUAUAAAGGACCAUCCAUCAUGAAUCCUUCGUCACUUCUUCAACCAAUUGGAUUUCUCAAGUCAGUGGAUUCAAGUUGGGCCAUUUCUGGCAUUCUGCUGACUAUUGACUAUUUUCUGGUUUCACUUUUUUACAUCUUACAGGUACAUAUCUUAAAAGAGUUCCCAGAUGAACUAACUUUAGUCUUGUUAUACUCCAUAGCUGCCACCAUCAUAUCAACAGUAGUAGCUUUGUUAUCAGUUCCAAAUUCAAGUGCUUGGAAAAUAGGAUUAAAUCUCUCAUUGAUCUCCAUUGUUUCUUCUGGAAUUUUUGGAAAGUUGAUAGGCAAUAUAGUUUAUGCAUGGGCAGUUCGUUUAAAAGGGGCUGUCUAUGUAACUUCAUUCAAGCCACUGCAAAUUGUUAUUUCUGUUUACUUGGGUGUUAUAUUCCUUGCUGAUAGUCUUUAUGUUGGAAGUAUAAUUGGAGCAACAAUAGUCUCAAUUGGUCUUUAUGGUGUAUUAUGGGGAAAAGCAUCAGAAGAGAUAGAGGAAGAUAUCGGUAUCUUGGAGUCACCAUCUACAGAGAAUGCACCUCUGUUGCCAAGUUAUAGAACUUAUCAAACUUUUGAAAAGAAAACAGAUGGAAAUGUUUAAAAACACGGUCAUGAAAUCGUGAUUCAAUCAGGAAUCAAAAGUCGUAUACAUCGAAUCAUGUGUCAUAAGAUACAUGCGUCAUGCGCAAUGAAAGUUUGACAUUUUAAGUAAAAACAAGUGAUAUAUGUAAAUAUUAUAAGUUGGUAUAUCAUAUUCAAACCUCGAAAUAAAUCGAGAUUUAAGUCAUAAACCAAAAUGGCAAAAGAAAUAGGUUUAAUUUAAGGAAAACUAUUGAUUUAUCUAAAUUUAUCGAGAUUCAUGUGUAAAAUGUAUAUGUAGAACAAUUAAUAUUGACCUGAGUUAGUUUAUUUCGAAUCGAGAUACGCCUUUGACGA